CUACUACAGUCAAAGAGUAUUUCAUCUGGGCUUCUUAAAUCUAAACCUUUCAAAUGACUACAUUUCCUUCUUUUUCUCUAUUUUUCCUGAUAGCUGGGGCUUAUUUAACUUCAGAAUGUUUCAACAUGGAGAUAAUUGGAGGGAAAGAAGUGUCACCUCAUUCCAGGCCAUUUAUGGCUUCCAUCCAGUACAGCGGGGAACACAUGUGUGGAGGAGUUCUGAUCCACCCGCAGUGGGUGCUAACAGCAGCCCACUGCCACCCCGGGUCUGCUAAAGGCCAGUCUUCAAAAGUGGUUUUAGGAGCACACUCUCUUUCCAAGAAUGAAGCCUCCAAACAAAUACUUGAGGUGAAAAAAUUCAUACAGUUCUCAAGACUUAAAUCAGAUCUUGAGUCAGAUGAUAUUAUGCUGGUUAAGCUUCACACUGCUGCAAAACUCAACAAGCAUGUCCAGCUGCUCCACCCAAGCUCCAAAAAUGAUAUUAGAGCUGGAACGAAAUGCAAGGUUAUUGGCUGGGGAAACACCGACCCAGAAUUUUUAAGCCCCUCUGAUACCCUGCGAGAAGUCACUGUUACUGUCGUAAAUCGAAAACUUUGCAACAGCCAAAGUUAUUACAACCACAACCCUGUUAUAACUAAAGACAUGGUCUGUGCAGGGGACAACAAAGGCAAGAAGGAUUCCUGCCAGGGUGACUCAGGUGGCCCAUUGAUCUGUAAAGGCGCCUUCUAUGCCUUAGUUUCUGGAGGUCAUAAAUGUGGUGAUGCCAAGAAACCUGGAAUCUACACCCUAUUAACCAAGAAAUACCAGGCUUGGAUCAAAAGCAAGCUUGCUCCAUCUUAUGCAAACUAAGACUACAGAUGAUUUUCAUGGAUCUACCAGUUGCUUGUUUUUUUUCAUGAUAUAGUCUACAGAUCAACUUUAUCUUUGGAUGUAGUUGGAUGUAAAGUAGAGCAAAAUUAGGGUCCACUCCUGCUCCCUUAGAACUGACUUUGUUAAGGAGUCAAGUUCUUUUUCACAAUUAUCACUAAUGUAUUUCUAUUCUGCUAAUUUCAUUCUGAAUA